AUGGGGGUGCGAGGAUGUGGGCCGGCCGGCCGACGGGAGUGUGCAGUGCACCGCUGCCAGGACCUUUCGAGGCGAGCUUCCCGGCUAGGACCCGGGAAGGGUGGCGCGCGCGCACCCCUGCCAGGACCUUACGCGGGGAGCGCCGCUGCCAGGAUCCCAGAGCGUGAAGCACACCGCUGCCAGGACCCUGCGUGGAGCGCACCGCUGCCAGGACCCUGCGUGGGGCGCCCCGCCGUCCCCGCCGCCAUCCUUGUCCCCGGCCUCGGCUCUCCGGCCGUCCCCGCUGUCCGCCGCGUCUCGGGCCCGCCUCGCCCGCACGCCCUGGUCACCGUCCCUGCGCCGCGUCCUCGGCCUCGCCCGCCCUCCCCGAGGGCCCCCGCAGCCGCCGCCCUGGCGCUCCCCGCGGGCCCCGCCGAGGCCGCCUGCGCCCUGUGCCAGCGCGCGCCCCGAGAGCCGGUGCGCGCCGACUGCGGCCACCGCUUCUGCCGGGCGUGCGUGGUGCGCUUCUGGGCUGAGGAUGACGGGCCCUUCCCGUGCCCCGAGUGCGCCGACGACUGCUGGCAGCGCGCCGUGGAGCCCGGCCGCCCGCCGCUCAGCCGCCGCCUGCUGGCGCUCGAGGAGGCGGCCGCGGCGCCCGCGCGCGACGGCCCGGCCUCCGAGGCGGCGCUGCAGUUGCUCUGCCGCGCCGACGGGGGCCCGCUGUGCGCCGCCUGCCGCAUGGCCGCGGGGCCCGAGCCGCCCGAGUGGGAGCCGCGCUGGAGGAAGGCGCUGCGCGGCAAGGAGAACAAGGGGUCUGUGGAGAUCAUGAGAAAAGACCUGAACGACGCCCGGGACCUGCACGGCCAGGCCGAGUCUGCUGCGGCAGUGUGGAAGGGACACGUGAUGGACCGCAGGAAGAAAGCCCUGACCGACUACAAGAAGCUCAGGGCGUUCUUUGCCGAGGAGGAGGAGCGUUUUCUGCAGGAGGCGGAUAAAGAGGAGCGGUCCCCGGAGGGUGAGGACGCUGACCCGGCCGAGCGCUUUGGGUGCCUGCUGUCAGAGCUGGAGAGGAGGCACCGCAACCUGGGCCUCAGCAUGCUGCUGCAGUGAUGUCCUGCCCCCUGAGCCGGCUCCAGGCUCAAGAAGCUCCAUCCACCCUGGCCUGGCCCCCAGCAGCUCCUCCAUGGCCGCCUUCUGGACACACAGCAUCCUUCAUCCACGAGGGUGUGCACCUAGGUGCACACGCAGGACGCAUACCACAGGUGCCCACCUUGGGUUGCUCGAGACGGUGUCCCUGUUCCUUUAUCCUCCGGGUGUGGAUGUUCCCCAGGCUGUACACGUUUCACCGUAGAGACCUGUAGCAGGGUAUUGUUAACCCCGGGGUAUCACGACUCUUCAUAAAGCUCUUGUCGUUGCCACCGA